AUGUUUAUUACAAACGAACAUAUUGGAGAUAGAACUCGUAUGGAAGAUUGGAGAAUUCGAGGUUAUGAUCCAUUAACUCCACCAGAUUUAUUACAACAUGAAUAUCCAUUAACUCCAGAAUCUCAAAAAGUAAUAUUAGAAGGUCGUGAUUCUGCAUGUAAUAUAUUAAAUGGUAAAGAUGAUAGAUUAAUUAUUAUAAUUGGUCCUUGUUCAUUACAUGAUCCAAAAUCUGCAUUAGAUUAUGCUGAAAGAUUAGAGAAACAAUCUCAAAAAUAUAAAGGUGAAUUAUUAAUUGUUAUGAGAGCAUAUUUGGAAAAACCAAGAACAACAGUUGGUUGGAAAGGAUUAAUUAAUGAUCCUGAUAUCAAUGGAACUUUUCAUAUAAAUAAAGGUUUAAGAAUAUCAAGAAAAUUAUUUGUUGAUUUAACUUCAAAAUUACCAAUAGCUGGUGAAAUGUUGGAUACUAUUUCUCCACAAUUUUUAUCUGAUUUAUUUUCAGUUGGUGCUAUUGGUGCAAGAACUACUGAAUCUCAAUUACAUAGAGAACUAGCUUCAGGAUUAUCCUUCCCAGUUGGAUUUAAAAAUGGUACUGAUGGUACUUUAGGAGUUGCAAUUGAUGCAGUACGUGCAGCUUCACAUCCACAUCAUUUCUUAUCAGUUACUAAACCAGGUGUAGUAGCUAUUGUAGGUACAGAUGGUAAUAAAGAUUGUUUUGUUAUAUUGAGAGGUGGUAAACAAGGUACAAAUUAUGAUACCAAAUCAGUAAAUGAAACAGAAGAACAAUUGAAAAAAGCCAAUUUAAUAAAUGAUACUCAAAAGGGUCCAAGAAUAAUGAUUGAUUGUUCACAUGGAAAUAGUAAUAAAAAUCAUAAAAAUCAACCAUUAGUUGCAAAAGAAGUAGCUGAACAAUUAGAAAAAGGAAAUAAAUCAAUAUGUGGAUUAAUGAUUGAAAGUAAUAUAGGAGAAGGUAGACAAGAUGUUCCAUCACCAGAAGAAGGUGGUAAAGAUGCAUUAAAAUAUGGUAUAUCUAUUACUGAUGCAUGUAUUGGUUGGGAAGAUACUGAAGAUGUUUUAAAAUUAUUAUCUGAUGCUGUUAAAGCAAGAAGAAAUUUUUAUAAAUAA